UGCUCCUCUUUUCCCUCUUCUCCAGCCGUUUUUCUCUGCUCGUCUCCAAUUGAUCGUAUUUUCCUUCUAUCUAGAUUGGCAGCAGCAAGCUCCAACACUCUCCCAUCAAGAUGUCUCUCGCACGCCAUGUCGAUCCGGACGAGAUCAUCAAAAGUCUUCACAACCUACACAUGAAGGAAGCUGGUUCGAAGCACGUCCAUACCCGUGGCGGGACCUCUCACGUCACACCCUACUCUACCCGCUACGCAAGCAAGCAAGAAAUCCCCAAAUUCAAGAUCCCCCACGACGGUACCCCGGCAGAUGCUGUUUACCAGAUGCUGAAGGACGAAUUGGACCUUGAUGGCAAGCCCAACUUGAACUUGGCCAGUUUCGUUGGUACCUACAUGGAAUCCCAGGCCGAGACAUUGAUGCAUGAGAACAUCUCUAAGAACAUGUCCGACGCUGACGAGUACCCCGCAAUGAUGCAAAUGCAUGCUCGCUGCGUCAGCAUUAUUGCCCAUCUCUGGGGAGUACAAAAGGGAGAGCGAGCAAUUGGCUCUGCUACUACCGGAUCUUCAGAGGCUAUCCAUCUUGGUGGUCUGGCCAUGAAGAGACGUUGGCAGGAGAAGCGUAUGAAGGAGGGCAAGGACACAUCAAAACCAAAUAUCAUCAUGGGAGCCAAUGCUCAGGUAGCACUGGAGAAAUUCGCCCGUUACUUCGAAGUCGAGGCUAGAAUCUUACCAGUUUCGGAGAAGAGUCAAUACAGACUUGAUCCCGAGUUGGUGAAGGAGAACAUUGAUGAAAACACCAUUGGUGUCUUUGUCAUCCUCGGAAGUACCUACACUGGCCACUAUGAACCCGUCGAGGAGAUCUCCAAGAUCCUCGACGAGUAUGAGGCCAAGACUGGCGUUGAUAUUCCCAUCCACGUGGAUGCCGCAUCUGGUGGAUUCGUUGCGCCAUUCACGCACGCAAAAGCCGGAGGUCCAAAGUGGAACUUCGAGCUCCCACGUGUCAAGUCCAUAAACACAUCCGGUCACAAAUUUGGCCUCGUCUACGCUGGUGUAGGCUGGAUUAUCUGGCGUGACGAGUCAAUGCUCCCGAAGCACUUGAUCUUCGAGUUGCACUACUUGGGAGGAACAGAAGAAUCCUACACGCUCAACUUCUCCCGCCCGGGAGCCCAGAUCAUCGCACAAUACUACAACCUGAUCCAUCUCGGAUUCAAGGGUUACCAGUCCAUCAUGGAAAACUGCAUGGCCAAUGCUCGCCUCCUCUCCAAGUCACUCGAAGCCACAGGGUGGUAUACCUGUGUAUCUGACAUCCACCGCAAGAAAGGCGAACAUAAAUUCGGCGGCGUAAAAGACGUCGUCUUCGGGAAAUCAGACGAGACCUCUGCAGACUACAAUGCCGGUCUCCCCGUUGUCGCCUUCCGCUUCUCUGACGAAUUCAAGAAAGAAUUCCCACACUUGAAGCAGGAGACCAUCUCUAACCUUCUCCGAGCCAAACAGUACAUUAUCCCCAACUAUCCUCUUCCGCCAAACGAGGAGAAGAUCGAGAUUCUUAGAGUAGUGGUGAGAGAAUCGAUGAGCUUCGAUCUCUUGGACCGCUUAAUUACGGAUAUCUGCCAGACAACGCAAAAUCUGAUUGAAUCCGACGCACAGGAUUUGGGUAUCUUGCAGAUGCACAAGGAUACCACUGUUGAGAAGGUCCAUUCUAGUAAAGGAGUACAUGCGGAUAAGAGCGGCCAAGGAAAGAUUGGCAAGAGCCCAAUGACGCAGGGUGUACACAGGACAGUAUGCUAAACAGCGGAGACUGAACGGGAUUGGAAGAAAGAGCAGUGCACGUAAUUGAGCGCGAUAUGUAGCAUAGGUAGAAAAGCGAGACCUUACAAGAAACUGGGCAACCUCAAAACAUUGACGGGAGUACCUAGGAAU